CGGGGCUGCCCUAACGGGGCGGGGCUGGACGAGGCGGGGUCGCGGCUCCUCCCCCGGCCCGGGCGGCUGACGGGACCCGCCCCAGGGGCUGCGCGCCGAGGCGGUGGUGCAGCCUGGAGUGCCCGACAGCUGCAGCGGCCGGGGAUCCUGGACUCCUCCCCACACCAAGGGGGCGGGCCGGACGAGCCGUUCCCAUGGCACCAGGGCGCUCGGGUUACCGCGGAGUGAACCCCAGACCCCUCUCGUCCUUCGGAGUGCCAACCGCCCCGUCCAGCCUCUUCCUCGGCCCUCCUGAGAUCGGGCAGCAGAAACGAACACCCAAAGGAGGGGAGGAGACGCGUGGGGAAGUGGAGGAGACCCGUGGGGAAGUGGAGGACGGGGGCUUUUCAGAAGGAACGAAGAAAGGAGCAAAGCCCACCUCCCAAGGAUGACACUAAACACCCAGCAAGAAGCAAAGACCCCUGUGCAUCGGCGAGCCAGCACUCCACUGCCCCUGUGCCCCCGAGGCCACCAGCCUGGCCUCCUAUGUAUAGCACCUUCCAUGCAAUCCCAGCAUCCCCGACUGGGCCAGUCAGCCUCCCUCAAUCCUCCCACCCGGCAGCCUUCACCAGGCCCCAACGGUUGGUCCUCUGAAUCCAGCGACUCUGAAGGCUCCUGGGAGGCCUUCUACCGUGUGGUGCUGCUUGGAGAUCCUGGUGUAGGGAAGACCAGCCUGGCCAGCCUCUUUGCAGGAAAGCAAGAGCGGGACCUCCAUGAACAGCUGGGAGUUACAGAAGAUGUGUACGAGAGGACCCUCACAGUGGACGGAGAGGACACCACACUGGUGGUCAUGGACACCUGGGAGGCCAAGAAACCGGAUGAAAGCUGGAGCCAGGAUUCAUGCCUGCAGGUGGGCAGCGCCUAUGUCAUUGUGUACUCCAUUGCGGACAGAGGCAGCUUCGAGAGCGCCUCAGAGCUCCGCAUUCAGCUGCGGCGCACACAUCAGGCGGACCAUGUUCCCAUCAUCCUUGUGGGCAACAAGGCAGACCUGGCACGCUGCCGGGAAGUCUCCGUGGAAGAGGGCCGCGCCUGCGCCGUGGUGUUCGACUGCAAGUUCAUCGAAACGUCAGCCACGCUGCAGCACAACGUGGCGGAGCUCUUCGAGGGCGUGGUGCGCCAACUGCGCUUGCGCCGCCGGGACAGCGCGGCCCGGGAGCCCCCGGUGCCCCGACGUCGGGCGAGUCUGGGCCAGCGCGCUCGCCACUUCCUGACACGCCUGACAGCCCGCAGCGCCCGCCGCCGGCUCUGAAGGCCCGCUCCAAGUCCUGCCACAACCUGGCCGUGCUCUGAGGCCCCCCGACCUACCGGGGGCAGCGGAACACUGGGUGCAUUCUGGGCUCCCCCAAGGGGCAAAGGCACGGUUGCCUGGAGUCCACAUCGUGGCUUUGCCUGAUCGCUGCCCGGAGAGCCAGAGCAGCUAACCAGAGCCGCGGCUUCAGGGACCCGUCCACCCUGGAAAGUGAUGGACAGACUAUGGGGCCAAAGCCCCAAGCUGGGCACAGAGGGGUUUUUUUAUGCGGUGCGUUUCGUUUUGUAAAAAUCUUCCUUGUCCCUUCCUGGCCAACCCUCAGAACCUCCCCCCUACACAAUAAACCAGACCAUGAAGAUG